AUGAUCACGAGGAUUAUAGAUGAUGAUGAGGAUGAUAUUGAGCAUGAUGAGAAGUACGAUGAUGAGGACAAUGAUGAGGAUGAUGAUGAGGAUAAUGAUGAUGAUGAUGAGGAUGAGGAUGAAUUUGAAGAUGUUGAUGCGGUUUUUGAUGCGGAUGGUGAUGAGGAUGAUGAUGAAGAUCAUGAUGAGGAUGCUGAUGUUUAUGAGGAUAAGGAUGAUGACGAGGAUGAUGAUGAGAAUGAAGACGACGAUGAUGACGAGGUUGAUGAUGAAUUUGAUGAGGAGGAUGACGACGAGGAUGAAGAUGCGGAUGAUGAUGAGGAUGAUGAUGAGGAUGAACAUGACGAUAAUGAUGAGGAUGAUGAUGAGGAUGAUGAUGAGGAUGAAGAUGAGCAUGAUUUAGAGGAUAACGAUAAGGAUGACGAUGAGGAUGCUGAUGAGGAUGAUGAUGAUGAGGAUGAGGAUGAUGAUUAG